CUGCUUUUCCAUGUUAGCUAUACACUAGCGCUAACGUAUUAUUAUUAACGUGCACUGAGCUUUGCGAUCUCUGAUUGAUUGGAGCUGAAAAUUUGUAGGCGUGUGUGGAAACUAAGGACACUGGCUUUCCGGCAUCUGAUAUCGUCGUUUUGGAGCUGUUUUAUUGAUUGUACCCACUUCUAAUCUGAUAUCAUCAUGAGUUAUCCAGGCUACCCCCCAGCAGGUGCACCCGGCUACCCUCCUGCAGGUCAACCUGGUUACCCCCUGCUCCUGGCACCUACCCGCCAGCAGGAGGGGCUCCAGGUUACCCUCCUGCAGGGGUCCCAGGUUACCCCCCUGCAGCCGCCGGCUACCCAACAGGUGCAGCUCCACCCCCAGCUGGAGGGCAACCCUAUGGAGCAGCUCCAGGAUACCCUCCUGCAGGGGGAGCUGGUUACCCCCUGCGCCAGGUUAUGGAGGUUAUCCCUCUGCCCAGCCACCUGCACCAGGCUAUGGUGCCCCACCCGGCGGAGCCCCGGGAUACCCCCAGCUGGAGGUUACCCAGCAGCCGGGGGCUACCCAGGCCAACAGCCCCCAGCAGCGGGCUAUCCAGGCCAACAGCCCCCACCAGCUGCGGGCUACCCAGGCCAACAGCCCCCACCAGCAGCAGGCUAUCCCGGUCAACAGCCCCCACCAGCAGGAUACGGCCAACCUCCUGCUGCCGGUUACCCACAGCAGCCUCCAGCAGCCGGCUACCCCGGUGCAGCACCGGCAGCAUACGCAGCAGGGGGUGCACCAGGGUACCCUUCUCAACCAGCCGGUGCCCAACCUCCACCACCAUCAGGUCAACAGCUCUAUGGUGCCGCAGGCGCAACCGUUGUAGCAACAGGUUUAGCAGCUCAGUAUGCUCAAGAGAAACCUAAGCCAAUGGCCCCUCCUGCAGUCCAGGAACCGGUGACCUCGCAGCUCUCGAGGAUGGCCCUGACAGACCAACCGUUUGAGACCCACGGCACCGUCAGGCCACACCACCCCUUUGAUGCAGAACAAGAUGCUAGUGUCCUCCGCAAGGCCAUGAAAGGAAUGGGAACGGAUGAGCAAGCGGUCAUCAACCUCAUCACAGCUCGUAACAACGAGCAACGCCAGAGAAUCAAGCUCCAAUUCAAGACCAUGUACGGCAAGGACUUGAUCCAUGAUCUGAAAUCUGAAUUGAGUGGUAAGCUGGAAGACCUCAUCUUGGCCAUGUUUGUUCCUGGUCCUCAGUAUGAUGCCUAUGCCAUCAACAAGGCUAUCAAGGGUCUUGGCACCGAUGAGGAGAUCUUGAUUGAGAUUCUGUGUACCCGUACCAACAAAGAAAUACAUGAGAUUAAUGAGGAGUACAAGAAACAGUUCCGCACCACCAUGGAGAAGGAUUGCAUCGGAGACACCAGCGGACAUUUCAAGAGACUGCUCGUCUCAAUGUGUCAGGGCAACCGUGAUGAGUCUAGCACAGUAGACAUGGCCAAGGCGCAGGCUGAAGCAAACGCCCUCUAUCAGGCAGGGGAAAAGAAGUGGGGCACCGAUGAAUCCGAGUUCAACCGUAUCCUAGCCACAAGGAACUUUGCUCAGCUCAGAGCUACAUUCAAAGAAUAUACCAGGAUCGCCCAGCGUGACUUGUUGAAUAGUAUUGAGAGAGAGUUCUCUGGCAACAUCAAGAAUGGACUCAAAACAAUCGUGCAAUGUACUCAGAGUCGACCAUCCUACUUUGCUGAUCGUGCGUAUCGUGCCAUGAAAGGAGCCGGUACUGAUGACGAUACGCUGAUCCGAGUUAUCGUGACACGCUCAGAGAUUGAUUUGGUUGAGAUCAAGAAGGCAUUCCUUGAGAAAUAUCACAAGACCCUGGGCAAGAUGGUCUCUGGGGAUACCAGCGGGGACUACAAGAAACUCCUUGUGGCUCUGAUUGGACAGGACUAAGCUCUCUCACUCAGGACCAGGACUAGAACCUGUCCAAGGACUGCCAUUGGUUCCUUUACAUGACCUUGAUCAGAUCAGUAGCUCUUUGUACCUGGACUGGUUCCUAAAUUAAGUCUAGAAACCAGUACUAGGCCUUGAUCAGAUCAGUAUCUCAUUGUACCUGGACUGGUUCCUAAAUUAAGUCUAGGAACCAGUAUCAGGUCUUGAUCAGAUCAAGGUUUAUAUGUUUACUGGUGGACUGGUUUCUAAAUGAAGUCUAGGAGCCAGUAUUAAGGUCAAGUUUUUGAUGAAGACUUUUCUCUUUACCUAGGAUGGUUACUAAAUGAAGCCUAGGAACCAGUUCUAGUUCCUAGGGUUUGUUCAUUGACAAGGACUUGUAGAGGAACCAUGGUCUAUCCCUGGAUCAGGACUGGCAGGACCGGGAUUCGGUCUACAUUUGACUUGCUCUAUAGCAAGCUAAGAAUGGAUCAGUCUCUGUUUAAAUUGAGGCUUUCAUUGUUUUAGCCUAUACCUUUCCCAUAUCUAAGUCAAGGGCUUAUUAUAAUGGCAUAGUUGGUUUUAUAUAGUGAUU